AUGCCUUUCAAGAAAGACCUCACCGCCUCCCCAAAACAAAAACUCAAAUCCUCCAUCCAGCGCUCCCUCCGGACCUCGCUCUUGCAGACCUACCCCCUCCUCAACCCCUUCAUCGAAGAGAUCAUGCCCAAAAAGUCCUCCCUCGAGCAGAUGAAGCUCCCCGACCGGGUAUCCCUCUACGUCUGCGACGGAAAUCCCCUGUUCUUCCAGCACGACAGCGACGUCCUCCUCCCCCACCUCAAGCUCGUGCACCGGUUCCCGCAGUGCUUCCCCACCGUGAGGAUAGACCGCGGUGCUAUCCGGUUUGUCUUGUCGGGCGCGACGCUCAUGGCGCCGGGGUUGACUUCUGCGGGCGGGAGGCUGCCGGAGCCGGAUGCGAGGGAGGGGAGGGAGACGCUUGGGGAGGGGGCGCCGAAUGAGGGGGCUGAUGGGGAGGGGAGGUGGAGUAGAGAGCUGGAGAAGGGGGAGCCGGUUGUGGUUAUGGCUGAGGGGAAGGAGGAGGCGGCGGCGGUGGGGGUGCUGGUUAUGGGGACGAGGGAGAUCAAGGAGAAGGGGAAGGGGCCGGUGAUGGAGGAUGCGCACUUUUUGGGGGAUGGGUUGUGGAGGUUGAAUGUUGACUAGGGGUCUGGUUGUGAGUGGGAGGGUGAUGAGGGUGUGUUUGAUGGGAGGGAGUAGAUGAGAGGAGGAUGAAGGGGGAAGGAAAGUUAUGAUGAUCGGGAGUGGCAUGUAGCGGAGUGAACAAGCGAAUUAAUGAUGCGUGGCAGGAGUUGUAUCAGACUAUCAGUUGCGGUCAAAACACAGUGAGAAUAUCUGUUAAUGGGUGCAUGUGU